CGCUUGAGUGCCUCCUUCGUGGUUAGCUUUUUCUGUCUUCAAAGCAGCGAGCGUCUUACAAUUAGACCAGCCUCCCUCCGCGCCAUGGUGCUCACGGACAAGCAGCGCCAGGAUCUCCAUCAGGCCAUGCUCGACUACCUCGUGGGUAUGGGCGAGCGCUUCGCCGACACUGCCGCCGCCUUCGAGAAGGAAGCGGACGUGACCAAGUCGAGCGACGGCAAACACGCCGGUCUACUGGAAAAGAAGUGGACAUCCGUGAUCCGUCUACAGCGCAAGGUCAUGGAGCUCGAGACGAAGAUGGUGCAGCUCGAGGAGAACGCCAAACUAGGCGGUGUGCUUAGCCGUAGAGACGUGCUGGGCGCCCGCCAACGUACCGAGUUUCUGCCACGCGCACCCGCCAAGUUCUCACUAACAGGCCACCGCUCACCUAUCACGUGCGUAGCCUUCCACCCUGUCUUCAGCGUCCUUGUCUCGGGCAGUGAGGAUGCCAGCGUCAAGGUCUGGGACUUUGAGACGGGCGAGUACGAGCGCACACUUAAGGGCCACACAAACCCCGUACAGGCUGUGGCCUUCAACGGUUCUGGAUCACUAUUAGCCUCCACAUCCACAGAUCUGUCCGUUAAGAUCUGGGAUUUCUCCAGUGAUGGCGACUACGAGUGUCUUCGCACCUUACGCGGACAUGACCACAAUGUCUGUGGCAUCGUGUUCGGCCCCGACCUUGCAAGCGACCGACUGUACUCGUGCUCGCGUGAUAACACUAUCAAAGUGUGGGAAUUAUCCACAGGCUACUGUGUCAACACGCUGAAUGCUGGACAUACCGACUGGGUGCGGGAUGUGGCAGUCAGUGACGACGGGCUGUAUUUGGCUUCCUGCGGCAACGACCGAUCGAUUUUGUUCUGGGAUCUACAACACAUGCGCGUGUUGCAGUCUAUCCGCGAGCACGAACAUGUCGUGGAGAGUGUGGUGUUCGCUAAGACAGGACAAGAGCAGGUUAUUGAGAAGAUUCACUCCAAGAAGCUUGCGGCUACGGGAGCACUGACUCCAGCCAAUGGAGUCGCCUCUCCGGAGGCUAACAACCAUGACAUGACCGACAGUACGGCAGGAGAACCCACUGGUGCAGUCGCUGUCGCCAGUGUGCCUACUGUCCGCCGCAUGAAGUUCCUGUUGUCUGGAUCUCGUGACCGCACAGUGCGUCUAUGGGAAGCCUUCAGCGGCAUGCAAUUGAUGCUGUUCGCUAGUCACGAGAACUGGGUGCGCGAAGUUCGUUUCCACCCUAGCGGCAAGUACGCGCUCAGCGCCGGUGAAGACAAGACCAUCCGCGUCUUUGACGUUGACACUGGUCGUUGCGUGCGGACGCUUGAUGAGGCUCACAGCCACUUCGUGACAUGCCUGGACGUCCACCCGAGUCUCCCACUGAUUAUUUCGGGGGGCAUUGACAAAAUCAUCAACGUGUGGGAAUGUGUAUAAAGGUAGGAGCAGUGGCGACCGCUCUCCAGCUUCGUAUUAUCUGAAGAUCAGCAGUAAAGCAGCGAGUAGUGGCGCCGGUAUCAGCGUAAAGUCGACAGUUCUCGUUGAACUUGCACAUCGGUGAACAUGCGUCUCGUUGAGCAUAUGCCUCGUUGCAGGCUGGAUCAAUUCGUGCUUGGCUGGUGAAAAUCGAUAAUGGCUGAAGAGGAGUAGAGUAGAGUAGGUAAGUGGCAGUAUAAUGCUCUCAUGGUGCAUCUGGCAUACAUGUAGUUCGCCUCGUAAAAGCGAUAACGUAUCAACAAGAUGCGAAGCCCAGUAUCGAUUUCUUACAACCAGAUGAGCGCCCCGCAAGGUGAACGCUGUCGUCUUGUGACCCUGCUUGUAACAGUACCCAUAAUUCCUGCAAUACCAAGCAAGACGAGAAUGUCCAACA